GCCGAGGAUAUCCUGGAAUUUUCCCCCUCGAGUGUGCUCCGAGUUACUGCAGUAGUUGCUUUCAGGAGCCAUCACCCGCAGGUUACUAUGCAAUUUCAACUGAUUUCUGUGGUUCUAAUUUUAUUAAACUGUAUGGAAUACAUUGGCAGCCAAAACGCCUCCAGAGGAAGGCGCCACAGACGAACAAAUACAGGUGUGAACCAAGGUUGCCCAAAAGGGUGUGAUCGAUGUUCUGAGUUUAAUGGAUGUCUGUCAUGUAUGCCCAGACUUUUUUUCUCUCUGGAGAGAAAUGGGAUGAAACAGACUGGAGUUUGUCUCUCUUCUUGUCCAAGUGGAUAUUAUGGAGUCCGAACACCGGAAAUGAACAAAUGUGCACAAUGUACAGCUGACAACUGUGAUACCUGCUUCAACAAAAAUUUCUGCACAAAAUGCAAACCAGCAUUCUACUUGCAUAAAGGAAGAUGUUUUGAUAUCUGUCCUGAAGGAUUUGCCCCAAAUAACCAGACAAUGGAAUGCACUACGACUGUGCAUUGCGAAGUCGGUGAGUGGAAUGCAUGGAGUCCCUGUACAAAGCGAGGGAGAACGUGUGGAUUCCGGAGAGGCAGCGAGUCAAGGAGCCGGGAUAUAGUGCUGGAACCUUCAGCACAUGGCAACUCCUGUCCAAAGACCACUGAGAGAAGGAAAUGUAAUGUUCAGAAAAAGCGGUGUCCACCAGGCCAAAAAGGAAAUAAGAGUAAAGAACCAAAGAAACCAGGGAGGGAAAUGACACAAGACAAACAAGGCAAAGGUAGCAGAAGAGGCAAAGAAAACAAAGGAGGACGAGUAAGGAAAGAAAGACCUGAAAACAAAAAAAGGAGAGGACAGAGUAAGAAACAGAUCCCCACAACCGUGAGCACUGUUCAAUAAAACCUCACCUGGUUGCUGCGAUUUCUGAUGCUGCUAUGUAUUAACAAGCUAACCUAUAGAGAUGCACUCCAUAAUGGAUCCAGCGCUGGACUCCUACGUCUAAUCCAUAUACCUGAUCUUCGUGGACAUUGCUAAUCAUUUCAAGGACUACAGUCGAAGCUGAAAGUGUAGAUAUACCUACGUUUAUACAAUAUUAUGCAUAAUUAACCUCUGCCCUGCCAAAUAAAUUAAAACUCCAGAUGAUUAGCACAACAAAUAUCAUGACUAGCCCUUUAAGGGUUAAAAAAAAACAGUGAAUUAUGCUGAGAAAAACGAUUACAUUUUAGAGGUACCUUUAGCUUCUGCGCCAGAUUCCUCAUCAAAUGUCAUAUGCAAAUGUGCAUGUACUGGUUUCUGUAUAAAAUGACAACAGGAUCCUUUCUUUUCUUUUAAUUAUUAACAGAUUGCUGCCUUGUAAUAUAGAGGAAUGUAAUAAAUGUCAUUUGAAGCCCAGAGAACCAACUGUUACUUUUCUUUUAAAGUAUUGUUUUUAAGUUUCUGUUUAUGACCUCUGUAAGAAACAGUGCACACAUCAUAGCAAGUGUCAUUGUUGUCAACAGAUGCCACUAAACUGCUUAAAAGCACCUGUAUUUCAAAUAAAAAAUAUAUUUCCUUUAAUGAGUCCUCAGAGUACAUGUUUAUGACGUGGAAUAUUUUUCUAUAUGUAGCAUUGCAGUAUAUAUUUUGGGGAAAUACUAUUUAUUUACUAGUUUGUUGCAUGUACUUUUGGAAACAUUUUGAUUAACUAGUUAAUAUCACCCCAAUCUAACUAUUUGUUAAGCAUUCCUUAGCAAGGACUUGAUAAAAGUCAAGUAGAACAGAUGUACUUACCAACAGAUCAAUAUUGCUUUGUUUGUCCAUUUCUGCUUUUCCUUAUUGGCAUUGUCUUUUAAAUGAAAAUUUUAAAUAAUUGAAAAAAAAUCACAAAUAUGAAAGUAAUAGUUAAAGGAAAAAAAAAUCAAUGUUUUGAAAAAAUCCAAGAUAACUGGUUGCAGAUAUUUAUCUCCAAGUUGAAAACACUUUGUAUGAUAUGGAUCUUUACUAUUUUAAUGUGAAAUUCAUUGGGAUGCUGCUUUAAAUGAAAAUCUUUUCAAUGUCAAUAGUAACAUUUUAUAUCAACCAAUGAAUCGUUUAUUACUAAUAUUGCAAAGUGCCAUUUCAUGCUUAUAUAUAUAAAGCAUUUUUCAUAUUCAAAUGGUGAACUGUGGAGGAAAAAAAGAUAUGCAGUUGAAAAUGUUUUUUGAGAGUCAUGACAAAUGAGAUUCACCCAUGUUUAAUAAUUAUGCAUUAUUGUCGAGUAAAACUACUUAACACUAACAAGUAUGUUUUUAUUUUUUUGUUUUACUAAAAAUGAGAACAGUGAUUUUGAGAUGCUAAUUGAACUUGUCAAUUAUGUAUAAUGGAAACAUUGCCUGAAGAAUUGAAGUUGCUGAAAAGAGGCAAACCAGAGUUCCGACAUGUAUUAAUCUAGAUGGACCAAUUGCCUCCAUUAUCUCCAACUGUUUUUUUAUAUAGUGAGAUGAUAAACAUUGAAAGAAGUGGAUGGUUCUUAUUCUGGAAGCUAUUGCUGAAUUAUACUGCUUAGUGGUGAAUUUGUUUUGUUUUUUUUUCAUUUUUCACUCUUCCAUUAUAUACAGUUACAUCAAAAGCCUAAGCUAUCACCUCUAAAUUUAUGGACACUAGCUUAAGCAAAAUAUAGUGUGAUAUUAAUUCUGUGCAAAACACAUAGACCUUCUCUAUACCCCUCUCCAAAUCACAAACACAUAUUCAGCACACACAUAGAUGCAGAUACAGAAAGACGCACUCAGAAAUACACAGACACACACACACACACACACACACACACGAGCGCACACAUACAAUAAAGAGGAGUAAUUGAACUGCAAAAAUGAGCAUAUUGCAUGGUGCAUUUCCUCCUCACCAGGGUUGUGAAGUAAAAUAGAUCAUAAUUCUUGCUCCUUCAUCAGAUAUCAGCUAUGUCAGACUGUAAACGAGGUCAUCCCAGAAUGCUUGCUUUCAAUCCACAAUGAACAAUUCAUUUAACAACUAUCAGUUUGGCCUAACAUGAUUAGUGUGCUAAUACUUUGUUUAUACAAAUUCAUUGAAUUAUUUCAGAUAAUUUUUCAGCAAAUUGAAACUUGUUUCCUUUUUCAUUUUCUUCCAUGUUUCCUUUGUAUCUAUAAAUAAGUAUUUGUAGGCCUUUUAAUAUUUUAUGUUUAUUUGUUUCUAAUAUUUAAAUCUAGUUUUAUCAUUUACCUUCCAAUUUAUUUUUGUGGACAUUUAUUUUGUACCAUUCCCAAUUCGUAUGAUUAUAUAACCAUGACUUUCAUUAAAGGUUUCCGUAAAGAUUUCUGGAGUGGGUCAGAAACAAAAAUGUUACUUCAUCAUUCUAGUGUUCAGCUGAAAUGAUACUCUUGUAUGUUUUGAUGUAGUUCAUGUUAUUUAUUGCAAUAUGUGCUUAUGAAUAAAGAAGGAAAGAAACCUAAACAACAUUUCCUGAAAUCUCUUUAAGAAUGCAAAUUUCACCUGUUUCUUUCAUCUCGUGUGUUAAUUGUCAUGAUUUGUUGCCCAAAUAACAUAAAUGUAAUCCGUCAUUAUUCCAGAUUUUAUACGUACAGUAGUAAUCAAUUUAAGGUUGUUUUGAAUUUAUGAAAGUAUAUCCGGUUUUUAAAGUUUCCCUCACCUCAACCAAAUUCAACUGUGGCUUCUUCUGUAACCUUUUAUGCAACUAAUUUCUCAAUUAGUUCAACCAUUUUACCAGCCUCUAUGAAAAAAUGUAUUCUCCGUUAAUGUCUAUGAUGUUUGUUAAAUAUUGCCAUUUAAGCUUCCAUUUUUUUAAAUUAGGGAAAAAAAACUGUGAAGAAGGAAGCAACUCAGUCAAUACCGUGCUCUUACAAGUGAUUAAAUGAAAUACUUCUUCGGUUGCCCUUUCCCCAUAUCUUCUGCAAGUUAUUUAUUUCUGUUGUAAUUGGUUUUAUCUCAGUCUCAAUUACCCUUUGUAAUAAAGCACUUCAUAUACUUACAAGACUCUAUUA